GAUACCAAGUUGGGGAGGUCGAAGGUCAGUGCGCGGCACCAGGCGGCCGUUACAAGAUGGCGACUCCUUUGCGAAAGAGUUUCGAGGUUUUUGUGUCACGGAUCCCCUGGUCCUUGGCUAGCAAAGAAAUCAAAGAAUAUUUUGGGCAGUUCGGACAAGUCAAGAAAUGUCUCCUUCCAUUUGACAAAGAAACUGGAUUUCACAAAGGAUUCUGUUGGGUUGGCUUUAAUACAGAAGAAGGACUUCAGAAUGCACUGCAGAAAGAACCACACCUCAUUGAAGGGGCAAAGCUUCAAGUUCAGAGAAACAGAAAGUUGCCUCAAGGGCGCAGACAAAAUAAGGUCACUGAAUCAGCAAGUUGACAGUGCAAGUUUUUGGUGUUUGUCAGAAUUUAAAUUAAAGAUGGUGACUUAAGAUU